GGCCAUUUGAUCUGACAGAUGUCAAACUAUAUUUUUCGCCUUGUUUCGGUGUGUCGGUUUUUCUUUUAGAUUUUGAUUAUUUCCCUUCCCAUACCAACGCUAAACAAAGUGAAAAUUAAUUGAAUACCCUAUUAUUAUUAUAGUCUACCGAAACAAUUAAUAAUGACGAAGGUGUAUUGUGCUGUAUCUAAUUGUAAGAUAAAUUUUCACAAUAAACCUCCCAAUUUGACGUUCCAUUCUUGCCCUACGAGUAGUGAGAUGAGGAGUAAGUGGCUUCAGGCAUUAAAAAAUAAAUGUAGCAUGUUGGAUUGGUCAAGAAGCAAGAUCUGUUCCAAGCAUUUUGAGAACAAAUAUUUUGAUUCCCAAAGGAGACUAAGAGAAAAUGCUGUGCCAACCAUCUUUAAUGCUGUUAGCACUAUCAAAUCACCAUUGAAUUCACCUAUGAUAAAACACAAGACCAAACUUGAUAAAAUUCUGAGUAAGAUGACUCAAGCAGAAAUUGCCGCUGACAUCAAAAAUUGUAGAAGUCGGUUAAAGGAGCCAAUAAUUGACAAUUACAUCACCGACACAUUAAAGUGUAAAAAUGAAACACCAUUGGAAGUGAGGUUAUGGCUGGAGAUUAAAAAGCAAGAGCAUUUGAAUUCCAGACUCUCAGAGCAAAUAGCUCAGCACAAGCGAAAUGCUGAGAUACUUCAAAAUAAUUUAGACCAGUCAGCGCAAAGUAAAAAGGAUAUGCAGCAAAAUAUUGACAAUAUGAAAUACAUUGUCAAGUGCCUUCAGGAGAAACAUGCUACUCUAGAAGAACAGAUUGAAAUUCUCACUGAUAUAGAAUCUAGAUAAACUAAUUCAAUGUUUUGUUCAUCCUUAUGGAAUAUUCUUUAAAUAAAAAUACCCUAUUAUGUACAAUAAA